AUGGUCCCAAAGGACUUCAAAGCCCCUGACAUGCCCCCGUACGACGGAACAUUCGACCCAAGCCAUCAUCUCAGCAACUUUAGAAGCCAGAUGUAUCUCACGGACGCCUCGGACGCUACUCACUGCAAGGCCUUCCCAACCACUCUCACCAAAACGGCCAUAAAGUGGUUCGACAGCCUAUCCCCAAGGUCGAUUACAAAAUUUGUUGAUCUCGCCAAGAAGUUCCUAGCCAGGUUCUCUAUUCAAAGAGACAAAGCCAAACAUGCUCUAAGCCUGUUGGGAAUCAAACAAGGAGACCAGGAAAGCCUCCGAAACUACAUGGAAAGAUUUAAUAAGGCAUGCCUCGAUAUACAAAACCUCCCUACAGAAGCAGUAAUUGUGGGACUUAUCAACGGCCUGCGAGAGGGACCCUUCAGCCAAUCUAUAUCCAAGAAACACCUUGCGUCCUUAAACGAGGUACAAGAGCAGGCCGAAAAAUACAUUAACAUGGAGGAGAACUCUCGACUAGGGGAAACCUCUAAAACUAGCUCCUCCUACCCAUCUCGGGACAAGGACAAAGAGCCAAGAAAAAAGGAGGAUCAACCCACAGAAAAACCUAGUAAGUACCAUAACUAUACCCCCUUCGGGUUUCCCUCGUAG